CUUUUGUUACUUCCUUCCUCUUCCCAAUCUUCGAAUACUCAGCAAUUUCUCUCUCUUAGGGUUUACAUAAAUCUCAUGACUGCUGAUCAUAUGGACGACGAUGAUGGAUUUGGUGGAGGUUAUGCUGAAAAUCAUGCUCCAAUAACAGGUACUAAAAGAAGUUUUGAAGAUGCUGAAGAUGAGGAAGAAGACAUUUUUGGUUCUAAGAAGGGAAAGACCAAAGCAGAAGCAACUGCACCUGGAGUGGCUACAGGAAUGAUUUUGUCACUCCGUGAAAGUCUUCAGAAUUGUCAGGAUUCCCUUGCGACAUGUCAGACGGAACUUGCGUCAGCUAAGUCAGAGAUACAAAAAUGGCAUUCUGCGUUCCAGAAUGAGGCUGCUAUACCUGCUGGCACAUAUCCAGAGCCUGGGCUAGUUCUUAGUUAUCUUCAGUCCUUGAAAUCAUCGGAGGAAUCAUACAAAGAACAGCUUGAUAAGGCAAAGAAGAAGGAAGCUGCAUUUAUUGUUACAUUUGCCAAACGGGAGCAGGAGAUCGCAGAAUUGAAGUCUGCCAUUCGGGAUCUCAAAGUGCAACUGAAGCCACCAUCAAUGCAGGCGAGGAGGUUAUUACUUGAUCCAGCUAUUCAUGAGGAGUUUACCCGUUUAAAGAAUUUGGUCGAGGAGAAGGAGAAGAAAGUGAAAGAGUUGCAGGAUAAUAUUGCUGCAGUCAAUUUUACUCCACAAAGCAAGAUGGGAAAGAUGCUAAUGGCUAAAUGUAGGACCUUGCAGGAGGAAAAUGAGGAGAUUGGAACAAUUGCUUCAGAAGGAAAGAUUCAUGAGUUGUCAAUGAAACUUGCAUUGCAAAAGUCACAGAACGCAGAACUCAGAAGUCAAUUUGAAGGAUUGCAUAAACACAUGGAUGGACUGACCGAUGAUGUGGAAAAAUCAAAUGAAAUCGUACUAACUUUACAACAAAGAUUAGAAGAUAAGGAUUCGGAGAUCAGAAGGCUGAAGGAGGAACUGUACCAAAAGGCACAAGUGGGGAAAGGGGAAACCGAUGAUCAGACUGUAGGCGAGAAGAAGGCAGUGAAUGAUGAGGUGAUUUCUGGGGAAGCUGAGUGCUGAGAGGAUUUGGAAGUGGACUAAAAAAACGCUAGUUUGUUCAUUAGUCAUUAUAUGUACAUUAGAAAAACAGUUCCCCAUUUUUACUUAAAAAAUUGUUUCUUAUUCUUUGCUUUCUGUUUUCAUUCUUUAAAAUUAUACUAUAGUAAUCGCUUGCAGUUUUUGGUGUAAAAUGAGGUAAAGUUCUUCUGCAUUAGAAAUUCACAGUGCCUAAACAAAGAAACUUUUAUUUUA